AUGCCGGCCACCGAGAAGGUCAGCCGUGGAAAGGAUGCUGAGCCACGGGAGAACGUCUACCUAUUUGUACCAAACUUGAUCGGUUACUCCCGUAUCAUCCUUGCUGUAGCCUCACUCUACUACAUGCCCCUCCACCCCCGAACAUGCUCGCUACUCUACAGCAUCUCGUGUCUUCUCGACGCCCUCGACGGCUAUGCCGCUCGCUACCUUGACCAGUCCACCCGCUUCGGCGCUGUGCUCGACAUGGUCACGGACCGCUGCACGACGGCCUGCCUGCUCGUCUUCCUCGCCUCCGCCUUCCCCCGGUGGUCCAUCGUCUUCCAGGGCCUGAUCGCCCUCGACAUGGCCAGCCACUACAUGCAUAUGUACGCGACUCUGGCCAUGGGCGGUUCGGAUGAGAGUCACAAGAACGUCGACAAGUCGAGGAGCUUCAUUCUCAAUCUCUACUAUACCAACAGGACGGUUCUUUUCCUGUGUUGCGCCCUCAACGAGGUCUUCUUUAUUGCCCUCUACCUGCUCUCCUUCUCGAGCCCGCUCCUCUCUCCCGGCCUCUUGGAACAGGUUCCCCAGAUCAAGCAGGCCAACCCCUACAGCGCCGCUGCUCUCGAGCUGGCGCGUGCCAACAAAAUGGACUCCACCGUCCCUUGGAUCAUCGCAAUUGUCUCUUUCCCCGUCAUGAUGCUCAAGCAAAUCAUCAACGUCGUCCAGCUUGUCAAGGCCAGCAGGUGGCUAGCGGAGGGUGACCUGGAGGCCAGAAGGGAGCGCAAGAAGACCCGUUAAAAUGUCGUUUUCUCUCUCUCUCUCUCUCUGUGACUACUUCGGGUAGCUCUUUCGUGGUACCUCUUCCUCUUUGCCCGAAUCCGAAUUUCUUCCGGCUUGUAUGGUUCUCGCGCGCGCGGGGGGGAAACAGAGAUGAGAGGCGGUUAGAGAAAAGUCAAUUUCGACUUUUCUUACUCAACUUUCUUCUUCCUAACCCUAGCCCACAUCUAUGUCGAACUUCUUGUCGGCCGGAUCCUAAAAGGAUAAGAGACAAAAUACUGAAACUUUUGGCAGUUCGGUCUUCUCAUGGGUGGGGCAAAAGGGGCCUUAUACAUUUGUUGUAAUUGGAACAAGGAAAAGGGUUAUUAUCAGGCGGUGUUUGAUUGGUUGGUAUGGUACGGAAGUGUUGCUGUUCGUGUUGACAGUGGGAUUCAGUUGGCUAAUCGACGCAACGGAAUCGGUCAGUCAAGUUAGUUGCAUGAUAGGUAUGUAUGGAUGGAUGGAUGGAUGGAUGAGCUGUAUCCGAGGGCAGGGAAAGAGUUGUUGAAGACACACACGAACAUAUUUUAGCUGUCUUUUUAGCUUGUCUAUCUGUUUGCAUGGGCUAGUCUGGUUUGGUAUGAUCUGAGGUGUGAUAUGGAUGGAUGGAUGUCAUGGUUCGGCUUAGUUGGGUGGGUGGCAUAGGAUAGAUGGUUGGCUGGUUGGAGGUUAUUUACGUAAUGGAGUUUUUUUUUU